AUGCAACAAUUAAACGAAGAUGAGGAGCGAAAAAAAGCCACGUUGGCAAAACAACACACAGAAACAUCGAGAACUGCGAAUUUGUCAAAAAACCCGAAACAAGAUGGAUUUGGAUUUGGAUCAGCGACACCGAGAACUUUGACUUAUUUGGAUAAUUUGCAAAAAUCUGAGCAAUUAUAUGAUAAAAGAUUGAAGCUAAGAAGUGGACCAAUUGAAAGUGGAUUGACGGUAGGAUUUUUGAUUUUAAAUAUUGGAAAAUUGUUGAGAUUUUGGAUUUUUUGUAGAAAUCUAGCAUAG